AUAACACAGAAUGUGUUUUAGCCAUGGAGGCUCCCUAUGAUGGCGCUGAGGUCACGGUGGUGAUGGAGGAGAUAGAGAGCACUUACACUUACACCUCUCCGGUGCCAUCCAAGAAGAAGAAGAAACAUAAAAGUACUGGUGAUCAUGGAGAAAAAGCCAAGAAACCUCGAUCUGCUUACCUUCUCUACUAUUAUGAUAUUUACUUGAAAGUACAACAAGAGCUUCCACACCUCCCUCAAUCUGAAAUCAACAAAAAGAUCAGUGAGAGCUGGAGGUUGCUCAGUGUGGCUGAAAGGAGCUACUACUUGGAAAAGGCCAAGCUAGAGAAAGAGGGACUGGACCCGAACUCCAAGGCAUCCACUCGAACUGCAGUGGUCCCUGACAUUCCAGGCUUCCGCAAGAUUCUUCCCCGCUCCGAUUAUAUCAUUAUUCCCAAAAGCAGUCUUCAGGAGGACAGGAGCAGGCAGUCUCUGGAGCUGUGUGUGACACAGAGCCCAGCAGCAUCUGAAGGCUUGGCAGCUCCUAGGAAUGUCACCAGAGUGCCCCGUGACACCGUGCAGAGCAUCCUUUCCGUGGACUCGGGCCGGGCCAGCAUCUCAGAGCAGUGCAUCGCCAUCGAGGGGCUGGCAGAGGACACGGCAGCCUUUGCCCAGCCCGAGGCUGCAGAAGAAGCUGUUACCUCAGAAGUUCUCUCUCACUAUGUUGGGCCUGUGACAGAGAAAGUGGCUGGAGAGAUCCUCUUGGAUGAGGCUUCUUUGGAAAUAGAAGGGCAGCCGUACCAGGCAGCGCGAGUGGUUAUUGAGGAGACCCUGGUGAGCAGCUCCACUGACAUCUCCAACGGGGGCAUCACUGUGGCCCGGCCCCAGGUGCCCGAUGGGGUGUCCGUGGUGACCGUGGUCACUGGGAGGGAUACUGAAGAGAGUAGCUCAUCCACACCUGCGACACAGUUUAUCAUGUUACCUUUGCCAGCUCACUCUGUUGUGGAGAACCCAGCGUCAAUUAAAUUGACAACCACCUAUACUCGCAGGGGACAUGGAAAUUGCACCAAUCCUGGCUGUUCCUUCACUUAUGUCACCAGGCAUAAGCCACCAAAAUGCCCAACGUGUGGGAACUUCCUGGGAGGGAAGUGGAUUCCAAAGGAAAAGCAACCAAAAAGCAAAUCUGAGCCAAAUUCAGGCACCUCUCUCAAAACUCCAGCAGCUAAAAGAGGUCAGCAGUCAGCCCACACAGAACCCACGGCCGCCAGCGAGAGCUCUUCCAAGUCUGCCUUGGAGAGCUCUGAAGCUGUCAGCCAGCUGCUGAGUGCUGUGCCUGGUGAAGGGCAGAUGCCUGAGAUGGAGUGGGAGGAGGUGAUCAUCUCUGAGGAACACUUUCUCCCAAAUAAUGUGCUUGCUGAAGACAGGAGGAGUGCCCAGCAGCAAGUGGAUCCCUCCUCAGAGCAGGCAGAGAAAGGAAGUGUAGGGCUGGGAAUGCCCACAUCUUCUGAGGUGUUGAGUCCAAAUGCCUCUGUGAAAAAGCCAGUGGUGGGAACUGAUGCAACAGCUGCUGCACACAAGGGACAAGAAGCAAAGAGCAAACCAAGACCCAAGCCCUCCUUGCUGGCUGCAGCCAGACCCAUGCGAGCCAUUCUGCCUGCUCCAUUCAUCGUGGGGAGAGAAGCCAGCACAGAGCAGCUGAGCAGCAGGCAGGCUUUUGCAAGUGCUGACAAGCAUUCUCCUGUGAGAACAUCAGGCUUGAAACCCAGUACACUGAAACAGUUGGGCCAGUCAGUUCUGCAGCCACCAACUGCUGAGGAGCAAAAGCUCCACAGUUCUAUGACAAGCAGGGCAUCUCAGGUUAAAGUUGUGGAGGUCAAACCAGACCUGUUCCCUUCCUACAAGUACAGUUGCACCGUAACUUUGGAUUUGGGAUUGGCAACCUCACGUGGCAGAGGGAAGUGUAAGAACCCUUCCUGCAGUUAUGUCUAUACAAACAGGCACAAGCCACGCAUCUGCCCAAGCUGUGGAUACAACCUUGCCAAAGACAGGACUGAGAAAACAGCAAAAUCCCUGGAGGUGAGUGCAGGCCGGCCGGGCGUGCUGAACACCAGCGAGCCCCUGACGGCGGCGCAGAAGGAGACACAGCGUCAGUCCACGCUGCAGCUGCUGCGCAAGGUGAUGCAGAUCCCCGAGAACGAGUCCGAGCUGGCUGACAUCUUCACCCUCAUCCACGAGCUCAACAGCUCCAGGCUCAUCCUGUCCAACGUGAGUGAGGAGACUGUGACCAUCGAGCAGACCUCCUGGUCCAACUACUACGAGUCUCCGUGCGUGCAGUGCCUCCUCUGUAACAGCCCCUUGUUCAAAGGGGGACACAAUUCCCUUGCUGGUCCUCAGGAGUGCUGGCUGCUGACAGCCAAUAGAUUACAGGUGGUUACAGCUCAGGUCAAAGUGUGCUUGAACCUGCAGUGUCUGGCCCUCCAUAGCUUCACUGACAUUUACACAGGCCUUUUCAAUGUGGGUAACAAAUUGUUAGUGAGCUUGGAUCUUCUGUUUGCAAUCCGAAACCAUAUUAAACUUGGAGAGGAUCCCAGAGUGGUUGUUGGCAACAUCCUUGACUCUGUUCAGGAGCAAACUGAUAAAAGCCUGAGCCCUGAUGAGCAGGCUCAGCUCCAGGAGCUGCUGUGCAAUGGCUACUGGGCUUUUGAAUGCCUGACAGUCCGGGAUUACAAUGAUAUGAUCUGUGGAAUCUGUGGCAUAACCCCCAAGGUGGAAAUAGCCCAGAGGAACACGGAAAAUGUCCUAGCACUGAAAAAUAUAGAGUUUACUUGGCCAGAAUACUUGCCAUCAAGUGAAGUGAACGUGGAAGACUUUUGGUCCACGAUGGAGACAGAGGUGAUUGAGCAGGUGGCUUUUCCUUCUAACAUCCCCAUCACAAAGUUUGAUGCCUCUAUUGUUGCUCCUUUCUUCCCUCCACUGAUGAGAGGAGCAGUGGUGAUCAAUACAGAGAAGGACAAGAACCUGCAUGCACAGCCAGUGCCAGGUAACGGGAGUGCCUUGGUGAGGCUCCUUCAGGAAGAAGUCUUCAGGCCUGAGCUGAUAAACUCUUACAGUGAGGAAGAGCUGCAGAGCUUUCUGACACAGUGUGGCAUCCCCUGGGAGGCAUCACAUACCAAGGAUGAGCUCUGCUACUCCCUCCUGGCUCUCUAUGAGUUUGUACAGAAUGGGACAAGCAUUACACCAUCUUCUGCUCAUCACACAGGAGGGAAAAUCUACAAAGUGUGUCCACAUCAGGUUGUGUGUGGCUCCAAGUACAUAGUAAGAGGAGAAAAUGCUCGGGAUCACGUGGACUUGUUGGUAUCCUCACGUCACUGGCCUCCAGUGUAUGUUGUUGAUUCAGCCUCUUCAGUGGCACUGUGUGCAGACCUCUGCUGUCCUGGCCUGACUUCUCAGAUGUGGGGGAAGAACCAGGGCUGCUUCUCUGACCCCAUGGAACCUCCAACGUACGUGUCCUGCCCCGAGCUGCUGGACCAGCACUACAGCGUGGACGUGAGAACCCCACGCACUAUUACCUCUACAACCGCCUCAUGGACUUCCUCACCAGCAGGGAAAUCGUCAACAGGCAGAUCCAGGAGAUCGUGCAGAGCUGCCAGCCCGGGGAGGUGGUGAUCCGUGACGCGCUCUACCGGCUCGGCGUGGCCCAGAUCAAAACGGAGACGGAGGAGGAGGAAGAGGUUGGAGAUGUGAUGCUGGUGGCUUUGACUGCUGUUACUGACCAAAGAGCUCUGUGAUUCCAUAGGAUCGUGAUAGCUGCUGUGAGCACGGGUCUGUCACCCCCUUGCAGAAGGCUGCAGCUGCCUCCAAGGCACGUGAUGGACCUGCUGUUCAGGGCUGUAGGAUGUUGCCCUCCCUGCAGAGGAGUUGCUGGUAGCAGGGAGUGUGCGUGGUCAAGCACACACAGGUCAUUUAAUUCUGAAUCUUGCUUGCUGACUUCUUUGUGCUUAUUGGUGGCAGGGCUGAGGGUGUGGGACCAGGCAUAAAUGGUAGAUGGCUACAACAAUUUCCCCCAAAACAUUCUGAAUAGGUGAAUUUAGGAUACUGACUCCUGCUUGGUAAACUUGCAGAGCUCUCACAGGCAUUGGCUGCAAGGAGUCGUGAGGAGGAGGAGCUGUGCUGCUUUAACAUGCUGUAUCUGGGGAGCUUCCCUGGAGGCUGCACUCCUGGUCCAGGAUUGUGAAUACUUUGGCUGCAGGGAGUUUCUAGAAUUGUUUGUCCCUUCACAUGAGCACUAAUAAUUUAGAAGCCAAAAGGUACAGUGAGAGGAGAGUGUUCUGUAUAGUAAGGUAAGAACUGAGCCCCAGGGCAGCUGAGGCGUUGGAGGAUGGUUUAAGUGCUGUGGAGAGGGGAGGGACAUCCAAACACUGUCUAAAGGAUCAAGGAGGAAUGAUGAAUGCAGUGUCACCAGAGCGAGCAGGGUUCUGUAUUCCUGCCCAUGUUCCCACAGCACUCUGGGGGUUAGAGGAGUCUCCUGCUGCCCAGGUUGCUUUGUCAGCCCCUUGAGAGGAGUCAGGAUCAGACUCUGCCUGUGCAGCACACCUGAGGAACACCUGGGGCUGUGGGUGCAAAGCUGUGCUGUGGCUGCUGCAGCUCCCUUUGCCCAUGGCUGGUGGUGAAGGUGUUUGCUGUGACACACAUAGGAAACAAGUAGGAUGCCAGACUGCAAAGUUGCCAUCUUGGGAGUUUAUUUUGUCUGAGUGAGCAGUGGGGAAGAUUCUGAGGCUUGCAGUGUGGUUGAAAACUCCCUUCUGUGAAGGGGAACCUAUUUAGUACCGUACUGUUAAAGUAAAUGUAUUGAGUCUGAGCAAAUGCAGUAAUCAUGGCUUGGGGUUUUUCUGUUAAGAACAUUAACUUAUUAUAAGAGACAUUAGUGACUUUUUUCAGUCAGUGAGAAAGUUUAAUAAAUUAUCUCCAAUUUUGGGGGUGAAACUGUG